UGCAAGCAGUGCUUUAUGUUCUGCUCUUCAUUUCAGAUUCCCAUACCAAGUGUGCCUGCAUUCCAGCCGUCCACCCCCAUCCCUGAGCGCCUGGAAGCUGUACAGCGCUACAUCAGGGAGCUUCAGUACAAUCACACUGGGACACAAUUCUUUGAGAUUAAGAAGAGCAGACCUCUGACUGGGCUGAUGGACCUGGCCAAAGAAAUGACCAAAGAGGCCCUGCCAAUAAAAUGCCUGGAAGCUGUGAUCCUGGGAAUUUACCUCACCAACAACAUGACCACGCUGGACCGUUUCCCCAUCAGCUUCAAAACCCACUUCUCAGGGAACUACUUCAGACACAUUGUGCUGGGGGUGAACUUUGGAGGCCGCUAUGGGGCACUGGGCAUCAGCCGACGUGAGGAGCUCAUGUACAAAGCACCUGUCUUCCGCACACUGAGCGAACUCAUCUUUGACUUUGAAGAGGCAUAUCGCCGCUGCUGGCACACUCUCAAAAAGGUGAAGUUGGGCCACUGUGUGUCCCAUGACCCACACAGUGUGGAGCAGAUUGAGUGGAAGCACUCCAUCCUGGAUCUAGACAAGUUAACCCGGGAAGACUUCCGCAAAGAGCUUGAGAGACAUGCCCGUGAUAUGAGGCUGAAGAUUGGCAAAGGAACUGGGCCACCAUCGCCCACCAAGGACAGAAAGAAAGAUGUCUCCUCCCCACAAAGAGGUCAGGCCAGCCCCCAUCGGCGCAACAGCCGUGGGGACCGACGGCCAUCUGGUGAGAAAAAGCCUGCCGAUUCCAAAGCCAUGCCAGACCUCAAUGGGUACCAGAUCCGGGUGUGAAGAGAGCUGUACCUUGCGUGCCUGGCUCCACAGACUUCUUUCUGGCCACAACUGGGACCUGGAUCCACCUGCAGUGAUUCUGACAAAGGGGACAGGGGAGCAGGAGCGGAACAGAGUGCUGAUCUUCCAGGUACUUCCUAGUGGGCCAGUCCCAGAGCUGGAUCCCAUGGGUCCCAGAGGAUUCACCUGCCUGAUUCUGGGAAAGGUGUCCAACUUAAUUCACUGAAACAAGUAUUUUAAAAAAAAAAAAAAAUUAAAAAGAUCUGUACAUUGGUGGGAGUUUGCUGCAGGAAGAAUAUGAAGUGCGUGGGGUCAGCAGACCUGCUAUCAGUUUUUUUUAUGUUAGCAGCAAGUAGAUGAAGCAUCUUGUUGACAGUACUUCUUCCCUGUCUGCACAGAAGUCUUCAGCCCAUGCAAGGCCUGCAGGGCUGAGUAAGAAGUGAUGCUGGAAUGGGAUGGCACCCACGUCUUGUGCAAAAACUCAAUUUUGUCAUUAUGAACACUCUGUUUAGCAUUGGUUUUGUGAGAGACAGGGCUGAAUUUGCUCAGCCUCCUGAUUUAUUGAUCAUACAAAGGCCACUCAUCUGGAGAAACCACAUCUUGUGUGUUUAGUCCUGCCUAUUUCAAAGCAUUUCAUUGUCUCUUAGGGGGUAGACAGUGGGAUGAUGGUCCUCUUUACCCACUGCAAUACUGGUGAGCUGUUGCUCUAAGUCCUUUUGUGGUUGAGUGGGUCAGGAUAUGCCUAUGCCAUUGCCACAUGAAAACAGGCAGAGACCUCAAUUGUCCCAACAGUGGCAGUGGGGGCAGGCAGGGCUGGUGGGAAGCUUAAACUUUAGAGUCAUCUCUUCAUCAGCCUUCUCUCUAUUAACUUCUAGUGAGUGCUACUGUGAAAGCUUUCAGAAGGCACUUCAGUCAGUGAGGUACAAGUUUUAAGAGUAAAUAGUUAAAGAAGGAUUUAAUGAUGUUUUACAAGCAAUUUUCCUUUCCACAAGGGUCUUGCUCCUUCCUCACUGUGGUGUUAGUGCUAGAGUUACAGACACUUGUUGGUGGGAAGCCCUGCUCAAGGAGAUUGCAGCUGCUUUCCUGACAGCUCAGUCUGGAGCCUCCUGAAAGUAGUUCCCCACCCCAGUCCUAGAGCUGUGCUUGUUUUCUGGCUCUUUGGAUAGCUGCGGCAUUUGAUAGCACCACUUAUGCUAGCCUUCCCCAAAGGGCUGGGCUGGGCCUUUCUGCCCACUAACAGCCUUGAUUCUUUCUACACUUCUUUUCAGGGGAGUGUUGUGCUACUGAUGAAGCAGUGUAACGCUUGUCAGAAAUCUGAAGUGUUCUCAGACCUCUCUGAGACCUAGAGCCUGGUAACAGUGGAGUUCCCAGAAGUCAGAACAGCAUGGCCUUAAAGUCAUCUGGAUGCAUGGAUCUAGGCCAUGCAAAAACUGAGGGUUGGGAGUGGGAGUAUCCUUGAGAGAAAGUGAGUCUUAUUUUAUCACAGCACUGACAAAAGAGCUAAACUUUCUGAAAUACUACAUAUUUUUGUUAGAACUGGGUUUACUCUUUUUUGUGAAUUUGUUAGAAACAUGAUGGGGCUUAGCUCUACCAGAAUUUAUGUUGCAGUACUGAUGUGCCACACCCUCACAUAAGCAGUGUUAUUUUGAUGGCAGAGAAUGGAUUCUUACCCCCAAACAAAUCAGGUUUUUUGUCGAGUGUUAAUCCUGGAAGCACCACCCACAAGCGAGUGAACUCAGGCCUUACAAGUUCCUAACUGUACAUCCUUAACUGUGAUGUAACCCGCAAAGCACUAUAUCCAUACUGCUGCAGUCUAUCCUUCAGAGCUCUCUUUGUAGUCUGUACUUUUCUGCUAUGCUGUAUGACCAGGAGGACAGUCCAUGGCAAAGUCACUGAACUUCCUACUGAUCCAAGAUAAGGUUAAUCCAGAAGAGGAUGCCAGUUUUCUCAGUUCAACUGAGUUCAGUUCAACUCAGUUCAACAGUGCAACAUCUGUCCCUUCCUUUGCACUCCAUCUACAUGUAACAAUUUGAAAUAGGCAGCAGUAGCAAUCCAAGCACCCAUCUGAAUCUGUCCUCUGGUCAAUUUUGUGUGGCUGUAAAUUAACAUAUUUAGCUUCUGGAUGCUAUUGAUGAUGUUAGCUGUAAAGGUACCACAGUUACCUGUCAAUAUUAUAGGUCACUUGCAAGCCACAAACUGCCUUUGCAUAAUGUUUGCUAUGCAGCAGACUGAAAAUUCAGAUGCCACUGUGAAUAUAAUAAAUACAAGCAGCAGUCAGCAAGGGAGACUGAAUGUCAGGUUUUAUUAAAGUGGAUGAAAUCCAGAAAAAAAUUGUAAAAGCCCCUUAGAUAAAACUAGGAUGCAUUCUCACCAUGACUUUUUUUUAGUUAAUUCAGAGUAACUGGAAAGCUCUUGAGAAUAAUUAGUAGCUUCAUACAGAGCACAUUCAAUAACUGGACAGACUUGAUGGAAAGGACGGGAAGUGUGUUGGGAGGAGGAAGACUUCAAAACAGAUGGGGCAAGUGAGGGGUCAGCUGCAAGCUAAUGAUGCUUUCUUGAGAGCAGGGCAAAAGAGAUGUUCAGCAGUGUUAGAUCACCAGCACAGAAUGGCUUAAAACAAAAUGCUUUGUUUGACCUGGUAAUUAAGCACUUUCCUGCAGGAUGUGACUGAGGCCAAUAGCUUAGAAAACCAAAGGAAGUGGAUGUUUUAAGAAAUGAAUGACAGGCUGAGUUCAAGGUCUCUUAAUCCUCAACUGUAGCCAGCCAGGAAUAUGCUCUUUCAAGAUUUAGUUUCACAAUUAUGUACAUUAGGAAGCAUUUACUUCUUAUGUAUCUAAUAUUGAUGACUUCUCAAGAUGGACACAGGAGCAGACAUGAGCCCUCUACUAGGGUUACUAUUUCAAGCCUUCUGUUAUGUUUCUCUGGGUGGUAGAAUUUCUGCCCCUUAGUGUUUCUGUAUCUCUAGUUUAGCAGAUGCUGCAAGAAACCGGAAGAAAGUGACCAAACAGUUCUCCCCUUCUUGCAGUUGUUCCCCGCCUUUGUAACAAGAUAAGUCACUUCAACACAAAGUUUAGCUUCCUUGCUAACAAGACAGCAUAGCAGCCCCCUGUCACAGCGAGAUCAGUGCAAUCCAGUUUUAUGCCGUAAGAAACCUGAGGGAACAAUGAAAGACAAACUUUCACACUUCCAGUUCUUUCCUCCCUUAUCUACCUGCCCUGUCUUCCUUUAACCAUAAGGAAGAAAAGGCUGGAGAUGAGUCUUUUGCACUUCUGUGGUCUUCAGAGCUACAGAGAAGGAAUGAAAAUAAGGAACUAGACUGUAACUCAUACUCCUUAGUGCCUGCAGAACAAAAAAAGAUGGAUCUUGAGGAGUCCUAUUAAUUAUUUAAUGUUAUACGUUAAUAUGAUCGCUCAUGUAGCUCUGGGGUGUAAAUUUCACUGUUCAGUAGGUGUCACCUGAUGUCUGUUCUGCAGUAUAAGUCCUUGUGAACUCUGUAGAACUGCAUCCAUACUCUAGUAAUGUUCUAUGUGAAGUCUAAGUGAGUUUUUAAAGACUUGGAACAGAUGGUGACCUACUACUAGCAAAACUAUUUCAAAUGUAAUGCAAACCUCAAAAUAAAAGUUCCUCUUUAUACUUUUAUGUAGGUAAGUCCCUGGCCAACUGCAAUUAUUUUUAUAUGGAUUAGAGAGCAAAACUUUCUAAUACCUUGUCAUUCUGAUACAAACCACAUAUACUAAGGAGUGGAGUUGGGUGUCCAUCAGUCUGUGACACACUAGCCUUUUUUUAAACUCUCAUACAGUAAGCUAAAUGAGUCUUUAGGAAUUAAAAUUAUGUUAGCAAGUGUUUUAGCUGGGAGUGGAGUGGUUUUUUUCAGUUGACUUUUACCUGUGUGCCACUGUCUGUAUGGGUCAGUACACAGUAUGCUUGGAUCUACCAGAAUAAAUUACUCCAGAACUGUGGCUGAAACAUAAAUUUCUGUUUAUGCAGUAGCUGUAUUGCUGUUAUCAGAUCUGCUUAAUGUGAAGAAUUUUUCUAAAAGUAUUUCAGGUAAAAGCCUUAAUCAGCUGCCUGCCUCUUAAGGUAGGUUCACAUGUGGUGGUGUAUGGACAUGACUUGUCCUUAAAAUUGCAGAGUUCAAGAAACCAUAAUGUACAGAAGAAUGCUCUGUUGCUAAAGGGCAAGAGUUUGGAGUUGAUGGGCUUGACCUUGCUCUAGUGGCUCUGGCUAAUCAUUUCAGGUGGUUGCUUUAGUCACUUGCUCCUUCUGAGUGAAGUAUUUCAAGUAGUCCUGAUGAUCAAGCCCUAGAUAUAAGCAGGAGGUGCCCUGUCCCAUGUGUACAGUGUGUGCACGUCUGUCUGAAAUAACACCACAUAUUCCAGUGGUCUUGCACUGUUGUCCUGUCAACAUUGACCUGCAUUAUGGAUUUAUAACUUAACCCAAGAAAGCAAGUGCUAUUCUGGCUUGGUGUUUGUUCUGCCAGAGCAAGGUGGAGACAGUCCCUCUAGAGCCAAGCUGAACUCCUUAGGGAAUUUAAUAUUUUUGUCUGUUUUCUGAGCAGGUGUUUACAUGUAUCACAACCACUCCCCUUCAGUGGUGCCCUGGCCCCAUCUGCUCAAGAGCAACUCAACUUAGGCCAAGAAGGCUACUAAAUCCCCCAUAAUCUCUGCAAAGCAGAGUUUUCCUCCAUGUCAGGGUUGAGAUGGUGCUAGCAGGACCAGAGUGGUCCCUUUCCAUGCACAUCAGUAUUCUACUCUAGCACUAUUAGGGUGCUCCAAAACUGUUUGCAUCUUUAUCACUGGUACAGCUCUGAACUAAGAAAUGGAAGGUGUCUUUCUUUACGAACAAUAUUAUGUGUGUCUUUUUGUAAUUAAUCAGUGUGGUUCUGUGUUCUUACGUAGCCAACACAGAACUUGUAUUUAGAUUUAGUUCUUACCGCACCUCCCAUAGCCCUCAUGUUGAUACUUCUUCUGGCUCCCUUUGACACUUAAGACAAUAAAAUUCCCUCUGUACUGCUUUCAGCUUGUGCAGAGAAAACAAGAUGUCUGUACUGUCUUUCUUUCCAUUUUAAACAUCCCCACUGUCAGUCAGCUGAGAAGUGAAAGGCACAGCCUUGAGUGAUGAUAUCAGACAGAUGAUGUAUAGAUGCCCUGUACUUGAAACACUAUGGACAUGGAAGAACCCUCAUUCUCCUUCAAUCAUCUGAACAGGUGAGUAUGUCUGUACACACAGAGGCAGCUGCCAGAGAGUAAUAAGUACGUAUGUGGCUGCGUAGCAAAGGCUGAAACUCAUCUUUGCCUCUUGAACUGCCAUCAGUCAGGCUGGAUCGGAAAAAAAAAAAAAGUGUAUGCAAGCAACAGAAAUUUUGGUUUUGAAACAAUACUGUAAGGGUUAACACAAGCCUCUGCUUGCACUGCUCUACAACAUAUGAUCCAGUCUCCCUUCCUGGCUUGAAAAGCAAUUCUACUUAAGGUCUGUAGUUUAGUGGCCUUCCAGACUAAUGACCUCACCAGGACUUCUCAAGACAAAUGCUGGGUUAAUAAAGGACAGUCAGCUGCAAGACUCAGUGCCUUUCCCCAGCAAGGGGGAUCCAACUUUAUUCAGACUAUCAUCUUUCAGGCAUAACAUACCCCCUCUCUCUAGGGAAAUGAGUAAUAGCUGGGACCAGGGCCAGGAUGUAGGCAAGCCUACAGUGUGUAGAGGAAAGGAAUAAAUAUCUCCUAACCUGUUACUCCAAAGAGAAUGGUACAUACAAUAGUCCCUCUUAGCUAAGUUAAUUAUAUGAACAACUUCUGCCUUGAGGGGAAGUAAUUGCACAGCACCUAGUAGAUGGUAUGAAGACACAAAAGAAGAAAGUAGCCACUUCAUAAGCCUGCAUGGCCUGUGCUCAAGCCUAGGAGUUGACAGCAGACUUCAGCAGAGGUUGAAGGCUUCUUGCUCCACUAUUAAAUACAGAAAAGAUUAAUAGUAUUAGAAAAAAAUACUAAAAUGCUGUGACUUCUGUAAACCUCUACUUUAGAUGCUUGCUCAAAAAUAUCCUCUGCUUCAUGUCUUAGAUUUUACUAAAAAUCAGGUCACUCCUAACCCCCUAUAGACAGGUCAAGAUGACUGCUAGACAAUGGAGUGAGAAUGGCAAAACAGUGACUUGGCCACAGCUGAGAUUAAAAAUAAAACUUUCUGUUCCCUCUUCAAUCAGGCUUUUCCCCUGUUACUGAUAGUUCCAGCAGUUGUAGGUCUUUAAGUCAGUUACAGAUUAUGCUACUUGGACCUUAGAGAAAAACCUUUAUUGUGGAAAGGAUACACAACUUAGCAAAGUAGUAAUUAAAAAAAAAAAAAAUUGGAAAAAGAAACCCAGUCAGCUCCUACACUGAGAAGCUGAAGACCACAAAACUUAAGGCUCUCACGUGCCUUAAUCCAUUAAUGAGAGUGAGACUGAGCCUUAAGAGCAUCAUUCAUGCACAGACUGCAGGAUUAUGGAAGGCAAAGGCCUAUGUGGACAGCAGGCCUGGAUUAUAUUUUUAUUUUGGUAAAGAGUGACUGCCAUCCUACCUCCAACCUCACACUGGGGGAGGAAAAGGAAUAGCUUUAGAAUAACUAACUUCUGCAUUCA